UUGUUAAAAAGUAACCGCCAAAUUAAGCUAAAUGAAGAAGAUACCGAUUUCCAAAGGCUAUUGUGGAUGGACUUCGAGAGUAAAGAAGUCAGAGAUUUUAAACUUCUUCGAAUCACCUUUGGUACGGCGUCUGCUCCGUUUUUGGCAGUACGAACACUUCAACAAGUCGCAACUGAUGAAGGUCAGAAGUAUCCUUUAGCUGCUGAUAAGGUUUCUACAAGCUUUUCUAUGGAUGAUUUGAUGUGUGGAUGCGAAACAAUAAAGGAAGGAAUAGAGAUUUAUAAACAGAUGAAAGGAUUGUUGCAAGAAGGAUGGUUUGAAUUACAGAAAUAG